CUCCUCGUAAAGGUCGAUGAUAAAACGCGCUUCUCAAAUGCCGAAAGCCCCGUUCUUUUCUCGCGGCUCCCUUACAAUGUUCUUCCGUUGGUCCAUAUAAGAGAGGGGCUAAGUCCUCAAACGAUCACAGAUAUGUCUCUAUCUAUUAUUGCACAAGCAGCUCUAGCUUUACUUGCUGUGUAUCUCGUUUGGCGCGCCUUCACAGCCAAGUCUACACUCUCAAAUAUUCCUGGUCCUCUGGGCCAGUCAUGGUGGAAAGGUUGCUUUUUCCAAGUGUUCGACGAAUAUGGUUGGAAGUUCCAUCGGGAAAUACUCGAGAAGUACGGAAGCGUCGUCAAGCUUCCCAUGCUCUUCGGUGACGAACAACUGUACAUUUCCGAUCCUCUAGCUUUACAUCACAUCACUGUCAAGGAUCAGUACGUUUACGAAGAGACGAGCACGUUUAUCGCGUCAAACUCUCUUGUUUUCGGAACAAGUCUUCUUUCCACGCUCGGCGAACAUCAUCGCAAGCAACGCAAGAUGCUUAAUCCAGUGUUCUCGUUAAAGCAUAUGCGCGAUCUCCUUCCUGUAUUCUAUCCUAUCGCACACGAGCUGCGAGAUGUGUUGGCUGGGCAAGUCAAGGAUGGAACUAAGCAGUUCGAUGUCAUGCACUGGGUAUCUAGGGCAGCUCUCGAGUAUAUCGGCAGAGGCGGCUUUGGGUACUCAUUCAAUGCACUUCGGGACGAGGAGUCGUCCGCUUACGGAGAGCAAGUCAAGAAAAUAGGCCCUGUUGGCUUCAAGACCGUUUUCCUUCGUCAAUUCCUUCCAUGGGCUGUCAAGUUUGGUUCUCCAUCAUUUCGCCGAAGGAUGGUAGAGAACUUGCCAUAUGAGCCGGCCAAAACCGCUGUGGAGGUUGUUGACACCCUUACUGAGGGGUCGAAGGAAAUUUACUACGAGAAGAAAGCUGCACUUGAGAAGGGUGACGAAGAAAUGCUGAGGCACGUUGGCAUGGGUAAGGAUAUCAUGAGCGUACUCCUGCGUGCGAAUAUGGCGGCGGACGAAAAAGACCGACUUCCGGAAGAAGAGCUCAUUGGACAAAUGAACACAUUUAUUUUAGCGGGUCAGGAAACGACAACAAGUGCCGUCUCUCGGAUUUUGCAUCAGUUGGUCUUGAAUCCAGACGUGCAAAGCCGACUACGCGAGGAGAUUGUCACCGCUCGUAAGGAGCGCGGAUUCACCGACUUUGACUAUGACACGCUCAUGGCUCUUCCAUACCUUGACGCAGUCUGUCGCGAAACACUUCGCGUCUUCCCACCACUUUCAAUGGUGUCUCGAACGACGAGGAAGGAUGUGGUUAUGCCUCUUGCAUGGCCAAUUAUGGCUGCAGAUGGGAAGACACAAAUUACCGAAAUACCAGUUCAGAAGAACACGAACGUAAUUGUGUCAAUCCUCGGCACGAACAGAUGCAAGAAGAUAUGGGGUGACGAUGCGGAAGAGUGGAAACCUGAGCGAUGGCUAAAACCACUCCCGGAAAGUGUUGCACAUGCACAUCUUCCUGGAGUAUAUGCAUCGAUGAUGACUUUCAUUGGUGGAGGACGCGCAUGCAUCGGAUUCAAGUUUGCCGAGAUGGAGAUGAAACUGGUUUUAUCCGUCUUGCUCGAGACAUUCGAGUUUGGCCUUGGCCCAGAGAUAGAUUGGACAAUGGUUGGGAUUGCAAGGCCUAUUGCGAAGAAUAUUAACGCCUCAAACAAGACGGCUCUACCAUUGAAAGUAAACUUUGUAAAGAUUCAGAACAAAGUUUAACAGCCAGAACGGGUUGCUUUAUUGUAUGACAGUUGUUCAUAUUAGUUGUUCGAGACUGACAUUGAAA